GUGGUGGACAUGGCCGGCUUCCCUCUCGAGGAGCACUUUGUCACCACCGCUGACGGCUAUGUGCUGGGGACCUACCGCAUCCCGCACGGCCGGCACCAGGGCCCGCCGGCCGCCGGCGGCGCCUGCGGCCGCCCCGUGGCGCUGCUGCAGCACGGCCUGCUGGACAGCAGCGCGGCCUGGGUGCUCAACACGCCCAGCCAGAGCCUGGGCUUCAUCCUGGCAGACGCCGGCUACGACGUCUGGCUGGGCAACAGCCGCGGCAACGCCUUCAGUCGCAACCACACCGGGCUGGACCCAGCGCUGCCCGCGUUCUGGGACUUCACAUGGGACGACAUGGCCGCCUAUGACAUCCCCGCCGCAGUGGACUAUGUGCUGCAGCAGAGCGGCUGCACCCAGCUGGCGUAUGUGGGCCACUCCCAAGGCACGACCCAGAUGUUUGCAGCGCUGGCCUCCAACCCGGCGCUGCGCGGGAAGCUGUGCGUGGCGGUGAUGCUGGCGCCGGCGGUGCACAUGCGGUACAUCGCCUCCCCCGCGCUGCAGGUGCUGGCUGCCAUGGAUGCCGACAAGCUCUUCAGCCUGCUGGGCGUGGCCGAGUUCCUGCCCUCCCGCCGCGCCACCUCCGACCUGUUUGGCCAGCUGUGCAGCGAGACGCCCGCCCUGUGCGCCUCCAUCAUCACCGCCAUAGCCGGGUUCAACGCAGACAACAUGAACAUGAGUCGGCUGCCCACCAUGGUGCAGUACGCGCCCUCGGGCACCAGCGUGAAGAACCUGGCGCACUGGGCCCAGGCCAUCCGCAAGAGCCGGGAGCGGGAGCGCCCGCUGGUGUACCAUAGCGUGGAGCCUCCCAGCUACGACCUGGGCUCCAUAUCCUCCCCACCCCUGGCCAUCUUCCACGGCGGCAGGGACAGGCUGGCGGAUGAGCGGGACGUGCAGACGCUGCUGCAGGCACUGCCGCCCGAUGCCGUGGUGUACUCGCAGCUGGAGGAGAGCUACGAGCACCUUGACUUUACGUGGGGAAUAGACGCCAAGGAUAAAGUGUAUCCAGCUGUGCUGGACCUCCUGCACAUGUACCAGUAG